GUGCGUUAACCAAAACGUGUGAAGAAAAGUAAGAACCUUUUCCUAUUCUUUAAUAUCUCUGAUAAUUUUAUCGGUAAACUUAUAAAUAAGUGUAAAAAAUUUUCAAUAAACAGUUGAUCGACUCCAGCUCGCAUAACAACAAAAUGUUCUCAUCGCUUUUUGACGCUGCUCGUAAUAACCCCUUCAAAACUCCAUUGAAUCGUGCACAAUGUGAGGGAGGAAGUGAUAACACUCAAUUAGUACCUACAAGAACAAUCCAAGCUGCUGCUGCAAAUCCCGGUGAUUCAUGCGAGUUCGGUUCACUUCAUUACUUUGCGCUUUGUGGUGUCGGUGGAAUUUUAUCAUGCGGUACGACUCAUACAUUCGUCGUCCCUCUCGAUCUUGUCAAAUGUCGCUUGCAAGUUGAUCAAAAAAAAUACAAGAAUCUGUUCACUGGAUUCAAGAUCACCGUUGCUGAGGAAGGUGCUCGAGGUUUAGCAAAGGGAUGGGCUCCAACAUUCUUUGGCUAUUCAGCUCAAGGUUUAUUCAAAUUCGGUCUUUAUGAAGUAUUCAAAGUUUACUAUUCUAAUUUAUUGGGAGAGGAGAAUACUUACCUCUACCGAACAAGUUUGUUCUUGGCUGCAUCAGCUUCAGCAGAAUUUUUCGCAGAUAUCGCUUUGGCACCAUUCGAAGCUGCAAAAGUGAAGAUUCAAACAUCACCUGGUUUUGCAUCGACUUUCAGACAAGCAGCACCGAAAAUGUAUGGUGAAGAAGGCAUCGCAGCUUUCUACAAGGGACUCGUUCCCUUAUGGAUGCGUCAAAUUCCAUACACCAUGAUGAAGUUUGCUUGCUUCGAGAGAACCGUUGAAUUGUUAUACAAAAAUGUUGUCCCCAAACCACGUGCUGAUUGUUCCAAGGGCGAACAAUUGGUUGUAACAUUCGCAGCUGGUUAUAUUGCUGGUGUCUUCUGCGCCAUUGUUUCUCAUCCUGCUGAUGUUGUUGUAUCGAAAUUGAAUCAAGCUAAAGGAUCGAGUGCUUUGGAUGUUGCUAAGAAAUUAGGUUUCAUGGGAAUGUGGAACGGUUUGAUGCCUCGUAUUAUCAUGAUUGGAACACUCACAGCACUUCAAUGGUUUAUUUAUGAUGGCGUAAAAGUUGCUCUUCAAAUUCCACGUCCACCACCCAUGGAAAUGCCAGAAUCACUCAAGAAGAAGCUUGAAGUUACCGAAUAAAUUAUCAAAUUCAAGGAAAUCUUCCAGCUUCAAUUCCAACACAUUUUAAAUUAUUUCUUUUCUUUCUAACAUUUCAUUCCAUCGAAAGUAUUUUUUCCUGACAUGCUGGAGGAAAUCUAACUGUGACGUUCCAUUGAAAACAGCAUUUCUUUCAAUACAUUCUCCUUUGGACUCAACUUUUUUCUUAGUUUAUUCUUGCUUUUUUUCUGAUUAAAUUGAACAUCCAUGCGAAAAUGUGAAAGUAAUUCAAAAUUUUAAUUGUAAUGUUGAGCAAAAUAGAAUACAAUUUAAAGUGAACCUAAUAAAAAAGAAUCGUUAAUUCGAAUUCGAACAGAAAAAUCAAUCAAGAA